GCGAGCCUUUAAGCUUUUUACACUCUGUCUCACCGUGUCACGUGCGUGGAGGUGGCCAUGGACGGCGACGGCGAGUGCUCCUCCCCCACCGGCAGAGCACCAGGGCUCCUGCCGCUCUUCGGGCCGUCACCGGCGGUGAGCCCAUCUUCACCUCAUGGACCACCUGGUCACCGAUACAUUUUGCAUGCCUCUGCAGUUACCGACGUCCUCUGUUCCAUUGGUGUCCGUGCGUGGACAGGCGGAGAGCCUCGAGGACAAGCUGAGGCGGCUCAGCGAGGAGAACCGCAAGCUGUCCGGCGCGCUGGACGCCAUCCUCGCCGACCGCCCCCACCUGCGCGCCCUCGCCACGUCGCCGACGCCGAGCUGCCACGUGCACGCGCCGGCAGAAGUGGCGGCCGCCAGCGUGACGGCGGAGCCGCGGCCCAAGGUCAGGACGGUGUGCGCGCGCGCCGAGCCGUCGGACGCCGACGCCAACCACCUCAAGGACGGCUACCAGUGGCGCAAGUACGGCCAGAAGGUGACGCGCGACAACCCGUACCCGAGGGCCUACUUCCGCUGCGCGUACGCUCCCUCCUGCGCCGUCAAGAAGAAGGUGCAAAGGAGUGCGGAGGACAAGUCGAUGCUGGUGGCGACAUACGAGGGCGAACACAACCACGAGCAGCGCGCCCAGAGCGACGAUGUCAGCGACGCAUCGACGAUCCUCCAGCAGCAGCAGGCCGGGUCGCUGCCAUGCUCGAUCUCCAUCAACUCGUUGGGCCGGACGAUCAUCCUUGGUCCGGCGGACCAACGGCCGGGAUCGAGCGCCGAGGCGGUCGCCGCAGCGGAGGUCAUAACGCCGGAGUUUCGAAAGGUUUUGGUGGACGAGCUCGUGAAUCUGCUCAAGAACGAUGCGGAGUUCAUGGAGUCUCUGACAAGCGCAGUGGCUGCGAGGGUGAUGGAGAGAAUACCAGGGCAAAUAUUCUGAUGCACGAGGAUGUAUAGAUGUCUAUGGAUGCAAAUGUGAAUAUAUUUGUGAACAUACACGUGCAGUUUUCGUGGU